GGUCAGAAGGAAUAAAGGACAAGAGUAUCAAGCUAUCUUCAGUAAUCCACAAUCUUCUUUCCCCAAAUCAUCAUCAUCUUCAAUUUAUUCAUUUUUAUCAAAUAAACCAUAUUUAUCUCAAAUAAUCAUAAGAGCUGGAUCUUAUAUUGACUCGAUUACGUUUAUUUGGUCUGAUAAUACAGCGGUAGUGAUAGGUGGGGAUGGAGGCAGUGAGCAUGAAUUUACAUUGGAUGAAGAUGAGGAAAUUGUAGGGCUGAAUGUUAGAUCCGGAUGGUAUAUUGAUGGAAUUGAAAUUAAAACUAAUAAAAAGAGUAGUGGAUGGAUUGGUGGACUUGGUGGUUCUAUGCAUUUUUUGCAGGUUCCUAAAGAUCACAAAAUGGUUGGAAUUUAUGGAAGUGGCAAAUCCUAUAUCAACUCCUUGG